UCGUUACACAACUAUUCUUUGAUCGAUUCAAUACCUAUAAGCUGUAUAGUUAUUAUUUGAUUCGGAUAAUUUAAUAUAUAGGUAUUAAUAUAUUAUUAUUCCAACUGAAUUCACGGUUAGAAUUAAAUAAUACUGCAUUUAUUCAAAUACGUUGCAUAAUACUAAGUGUUAACAUAUUAUUGUAUAGUACCUACCUAUUAAUAUAUUAUACAACAAAAAUUAUGGUUCAAUUCAACGAUGUCCCGGUAGUGAAACAGAAUGGAUAUAUUGAAGUUUAUACUGCAUUCCACAAUGACAUUUCUCCUGUAAAAGUUGAUCUUGUCUUUGGAACUUUCAGAAAGGAAGAUGGUGGUCUAUAUUUAUUACCUGUGGUUAAGAAAGCAGAAAACAUGGUUGUAAAUGAUACUUCCAAUCACGAUUACUUAUCACCUAUAGGAAUUGAAGGUUUUACAAAAUCAGCAAGCAAGUUAUUGUUGGGUGAUAUUGAAAAGCAAUGGAAAGACGGAACGAUAUUUGGUGUUCAAUCUAUUGGCGGAGCUGGAGCAUUAAAAAUUGGUGCUGAAUUCCUAUCACGACAUAUGAAUUGCACAACUGCUUAUUAUCCUGAUCCAUCAUAUGAAAUACAUGGAACCGUAUUCUCGUUUUGUGGAUUUCAAAACACGAUUCAAUAUCGUUAUCUGAGUAGGGAAAAUAAAUCAAUUGAUUUUAAAGGACUUUGUGAGGAUAUAUCUAAUGCUCCGUUUCAUUCAGUCGUAUUAUUGCAUGCAUGUGGUCAUAAUCCAACUGGUUUAGACCUGACUAAAGAACAAUGGAGAACCGUUGCUGAAAUAAUGAAAGAACGUAAAUUAAUACCAUUUUUCGACAUGGCGUAUCAAGGAAUGGCGUCUGGAGAUAUUGAAGAAGACGCCUGGGCUAUUCGUUAUUUUUAUAGUGAAGGGUUCGAAUUUCUCUGCGCACAAUCAUUUUCCAAGAUGUUUACUAUGUACAACGAGCGAGUUGGUAACUUGGUGGUUGUACUCAAAUCUGGUUACAACACUCAUAGUCUUAAGGUCCACUUCGAAAGAAUAAUCAGUAGUUCCUACUCCAAUCCUCCAAACCAUGGUGCUAGAACCGUUUUUAAAAUAUUAUCCAAUCCCGAACUUUAUGACGAAUGGUUAAGCAGUUUCAAAUCUAUGGUUUAUCGAAUUAUAGAAAUAAGAAAAGCUUUUCGAAAAGCUCUUGAGGAAGAAAGUGCUCCUGGAAAAUGGAAUCAUAUAACAGAUCAAAAGGGAAUGUUUAUAUUGUUAGGAUUUACAGAUAGUCAAGUGGAAUACUUAAGGCAUUUUCAUCACAUUUAUAUAGUAAAUUGUGGCCGUAUAAAUGUUACUGGACUGAAUACUAAGAACAUUAGUUAUGUCGCUAAAGCAAUUAAUGACACAUUAAGGAAAAAUAUAUAAAAUAAUACUAGACAAAUGGGGUUUUAGGUACAAUCGCCUUCCAUCAAUAACUUUUAGGAAGAAUUAAUUUCUCAUUGUUGGUCAUUACUAACAAAAAAUUAUAAUUAAUUAUAUUUUACUUAAGUAUCUAUAUUAAAUUAUCCAUCAUAUUAUAAUAUUAUAAUAAAAUAAAUGAUUUUCAUUUUGAAA